CUUUACAAAUAUUGUUAGGAAGAUCUAUACUAACCCCAUCCACUGGUUCAGGAUAUCCUCUGGGGAUCUCUAUAGUAUGCCUAUGGACCUGUUUUUAUGCGUUGGCCUGCAAAAAGAUUGAGGGAGAAGGCUCUACAAACUGUAAUGCAGCAUAUCCACUAUGAAGAUGAAAAUACUCGGUAUAUAUGCAUAGGGCCUGUCAAUAAGGUGUUGAAUAUGCUUUGUUGUUGGGUGGAGGAUCCAAACUCAGAGGCAUUCAAAUUACAUCUUCCAAGAAUCUUUGAUUAUUUGUGGAUUGCUGAAGAUGGCAUGAAAAUGCAGGUUCAGACAUUUACUGUUUAACAGUUUUUAACUGACUUAACAAGCAUC